AUGACGACGGCAGGAGAGGCCGACGAGGUCCUCCAGUCCGCUGGCUUCGCCGUGUGCGGCGAGGACGAGGGCGCUGAUGACGAGGAUGGCAGUCUUUGCCCUCCCCCACAUGCUUCGGCGUGUGGGGGAGGGGACCCCGGACUACCAGAUCGGCUCGGGUUUCGAGCCAUGCCUAUGGAGCUUUGGUCGUUCGAGAAGGGCUCUGUAAGCGCUGGAGUUGGUUUUGUCUGUGCAAGGGAUGUGGCGAAUAGUGUGUUGUACGCGACGCUGAUGUCCGAAGGUGAGGCACCAGGAAUCUCAGAUGCAACGAAGAGUGCCAUCCGCACUCUGCUGGACCUGGCCGAGGCUUGCAGCACGCGAAAGAUCAUCAUGGGCUUGAGUCCGGAGCACGCAAGUUGUGAAGGACUGGCAUGCUCACUUCUUCGACUUGGAUUUCAGGUAAUCUCGGUUCGCAAGUGCCCCGUUUUGAACGCCGCGCUUCUGCUCGAGUUCGAUAUGGGCCCACCUGCGCCUCUCCGAGGAAACCAUGUCAUCUCAUCGGACUACACUUGCAGUGGUACAUCCGAGUGCUCAACAUCCGCAGAG